AUGGAAAUAUCGAAUGAGAUUAAUGAUUUAUUAGCAGCACCAAUAUUAACGAAUGAUUUAAAUGCAAUAGAUUUUGAUCUUGAAAAUGAAUUAAAUAUUUUAGAUAAUGAAAUUCUUAAAGAAAAUAUGAUUCAAAUUAAUUUACCUGAUGCUCAUACAGAAAAAAUUCAAGUUUCAUCAACGAAUGAUGUUGAUAAACAACUAGCAGAAUUACAACGUCUUACAACUGGAUGA